AUGGAGGCAUCAAUUAGCUAUCUAACAGUAGAUGUGCUUGAAUUUCCUUUCAACUGUGAGCAUUCUAUGAAGUCCAUCAUCGAACGCUACAACAAACAGAAAGAGGAGCAUCAGCAGCUGCUAAAUCCUGCUUCAGAAGUCAAGUUUUGGCAAAGGGAGGCAGCAAGCUUGAGGAAGGAACUGCAAUACUUGCAAGAAUGCCAUCGGCAACUGAUGGGAGAAGAACUGUCUGGUUUGAGCAUCAAAGAUCUACAGAAUCUAGAAAACCAGCUGGAGAUAAGUUUGAAAGGAGUUCGAGUAAAGAAGGACCAAACUUUAGCUGAUGAAAUCAAAGAGCUGAACCACAAGGGUAAUCUAAUUUAUCAAGAAAAUGUAGAACUUCAUAAGAAGGUUGGCCUCAUCAGUCAAGAAAAUGCAGAACUGUGUAAGGUUUAUGGAGAACGGAAUGUGGAUGAAGCAAACAGUGCUUCCCAGCCACCCUACACUGUAGGAAAUGGAUAUGACUUGCAUGCCCCAAUCUGUCUCCAACUGAGCCAGCCACAUCCUCAUAACAGUGAAGCACCAGCAGAAUCAAUGAAAUUGGGGUAA